UUAAGGCACUUUAUUUGUAAAAUGUACACUACAUUGUAGAUAGAUUCACAUGUUGCUGCAGCUUUGGACACUUCCACAGAAAUGCACAUGCAUACUGUAGAAGUGUACUUGUCUUAUCAGCAUAUUUGCAUUUCAGCAAGUUGAAGUCAAUGCAUGCAUUGUUGUGUGUUUUUUGUUUUAUUUUACCAUUUUAACUAUAUAUAAUAUAUUACUAAAUACAGCUUUGUUUUGUAUUAGUGGGAAAUAACACCCAUUUAAAAAUUCUGUAAGUUGGACAUUUUCCUGUAAGGGGGAUUCAGAUCCAAAGAAAGGGUUACAACCUGUAAGGAGCUGGGUUUCCCCUGAGUUUUCAUGGGAUUGUUGUAACGUUUUAAUCUUUCCAUAGUGGGGUUAUAUUUAUGGACUCAAGGAUAAGAAGGCACGUGAAAAGGCCUGCAAGCUCCUGUUCAUGGAUGAAUCAAGCGAGUACAAGAUGUACGAGGCAGAGAAAUUCCUCAUGCUCUACCUGGCCAUUGAGAUGUUUGAGGGCAUGAGACACGGGCAAGAUGUCCCCAAUUUCUGUGCAAUCCUUUUCUCAAGGGACACAUCUUUAGACCCUUUUAGCUUCAUGCUAAAUCACCUGAACACCAUUGGUGACUCUGGUUACCUUGAGCAGAUUGAGAUGUUUCUUCCUGGAUACACAUUACAGCUGCAAAUGCAAACCUUCAGACUGUACAAGUAUGACACAGAGGAAUUUGAAGUUAGUUUCACUGAUGUAUGUGGGAGGGACUGGCACAAGAUCACCCUCCUGACAGAGGACGACAGACAUUAUAACAUACCUGUUACCCACCAAUAGGUAGAGGAUGAAACCACAAGAGCCUCUGAGUAAAUCAUGUUGGGUGCUGGUGAUAAUCAAUAUUGAGUCAUGACGGAGUGGGUCACAGCCCGAUUUGUUUUUUUGAGUUGUUUAAUAUUCUGGUUCUAUAAACAUUUCCUUGUGGACAGCACUUCCUGCUAGGUACAGUAGCAACCACAUAAUGUAUGAAUCUUUUUUUGACAAAUCUUCAUAGGACUAUGAAGUUAUAAUGUAUAUAUUUGGAAAGGAGAGUGUAAAAAACUUAUGUUAAAUAUUUUAAAUAAAGCACAGGUGAUGCACUUGAGUUAAGGGUAGUAAUACUAAAUUAAUAGUAUCCAAUCUGAUUGUAACUCUUUUGAAUCUAAUAACUACAACUGAGUGUCACAAAAGCAUCGCUAAUGGGAAUGAUCCUUUGGU